GGCCGGAGCGGCGGGAUGGUGGUCUUGCUGGGGAGGAACCUCCCUUCGCUGCUGGCGCUCUUCAAGAAGAAGGGUGCUGCUGCCAAGGCGGAGAAUGAGGAGAAGCGGCUGAGUGUCCAGUACAAGGCUGUAGAAGACCAGCCGGACAAUGUGUUCUUCCCCAGCAGCCGCCCGCCACACCUGGAGGAACUGCACGUCCAGGCCCAGGCGGGGCUCAAGUCUUUGCAGAACCUAGGCUCGAAAUACGCAUCGUCUUUCAUGCAGCUCAGCGAGAACCAGUGGAAAGAAAUACAGGAUCCACGGCCUUCACAACAGAGUUUUUUAGGUUUAGAUUGGGGCUAUCCGAUGAAACAUUUAUCUGCUGAUGGUUCUGCCCCCAACGGAGGCCAAACAAGCCGAAUCCUCUGCAGCUGCGCAGAGCAGAUGGGCCGGUGGCAGAGCCAGAGCGGAGUCCAGGGCUGGUGGGCUCAACUCUUUAAAGAGCCAGCGACCUCCGGCACCUUCAUGCUGGCCCCGAAUGCAGCUUCUGAACACCAGUGGUUGGGAGCUUACAACUCAAGGGAGCUUCUAGUGCCACCAUCUCUGCAAUCAGACUCCCCAGUUCAUGGUUGGGGGGCUCCCAGGCCCUCUCGAGCUGAUCCAUGGCUGUGCCUGUCCUGUUGCCUUUUAGAGAAGCAGAAGAAGACCAGGAAGAUCUGGGACCACAGUGAGACCAUCAGUACCCAGUCUUCCCAGUCCACUGAGGGUGAUGACAUUUCCAUCCAAAGCCAGGCCUCUUCGUGCACCACAGAAGAUGCCUCCGAAGACGCCAUGUCUGUCCGCUCUGAGAUGAUCCAGAGGAAAGGCUCCACCUUCCGACCACACGACUCCUUUCUGACGUCAUCUGGGAAGGGAGAAAAGAGGCGGAGGGAGCGGAGGACCACAGUCCUGGGGCUACCCCAGCAUGUGCAGCAAGAGCUGGGCCUGAGCAAUGGGCGUGACUCCACGAAACGUCCUGGCAGCAUUGCCGUCAGAGCCGGCCCGACCACGCAACCCUUGGUGAAUGGGAGUCAGUUGCCCGGCCCUGCCAUCCAGAUCCCCACCAUCGAUGGGAAGCCUCUAGCCACCACCGCUUGGGAGCGGGGGGCCCGCAUCUCCCUCCAGGCUCUCGAGGCCCAGGCCUCAGAGGCUGCCCUCCAGCAGCACAUCAGCCGCGUCUACUACGACGACUCUGUGCUGGGCUACAAGACGGUGGCCAAAAUGUCUCCUGUGGCCAGGCCCAAGUCCCUGGCCGUUCCCUGGGUGACCACCCAGCCCAGUUCCCCCGAGCUGCUGAGCCCAGUCAUGUCGAUCUCGCCACAGGGCACCUACCUCUCAAAGAUUAUUCCCAAUGCCAUCUUGCCGCCUAUGGUGGAUGUCAUUGCUCUGUCCCGCAACCGGGUGCGCACCCUCAGCCGCUGCAGCCUGGCCAGUGCCAGCCCGGCCCUCUCAGUGCGCUCCACAGGUCACUUCCCUGCCGCCCCCCGCAGCCGUGAGCACUCCUCCUCCAGUGACAACUGGAGCCACUCACAGUCCACGGAAACCAUUGUCUCCAACGCGUCCACCAUCUCCUCCCACAAGGGCCCCAGCGGCCAGAAGGACGAGGCAGGGCUGAGCGGCAAGAACGCCCCCACAGGCAGGCCAAGCUGGCUUGGUCCUUCCAGCCCUGCCAGUUCCAGACAGGCCAGGACCUCCCCGGCCUCUCCCAGCCUGCUCGGGGUGCGGCCAGGAGGGAGCAGUGGCCGAGCCUCACCCGCUUACAGCACCAGCAGCCUGGCCGAGGGCUCAGAUGAUGCAAGCGUGCGCAGUGACCGCUCCUCAACCCGGAGUGUCUCGCUCCGGAAGAUGAAGGUGGCCCCCUUGCCCCCCCAGAGGACCUAUUCCUUGCACCAGAAGGCUCAGCAGCUGGAAGCUGAAGGGGCGCCCCGAAGAAUGGGGCUGCCUCCUAAGCCAGAGCGGAGGCCCCACCGGGAAGGUGCCCAGUGCCCCAGCCUGGCCAACGAGGAUGAUGUCUUCUCCCCCAUCCACCUGGGCAGGACCAGCAGCCUGCAGUCCAGCAGUCUGACCUGCUCGCCGGACAUCUGUCCCCGGAGCCCAGUGAGGGUCAGCCAACUGCGGGAGGCAGACAGGAGUGAGGCCCCGGAGCCUGGCUCUCCCCACCGCUUUGGCCGCACCAUGUCUCCAUCGAGUGGCUACUCCAGCCAGAGUGGCACGCCCACGCUGCACCCCAAAAGCCCCCUCCCCCAUACCGUGUCCCCGGGGAAGAAGAAGCUGCAACCGAGGAAGCCGGAGCGCAUCUGCUCCCUGCAAUCCCCAGGACCCUCCCUCUCCUCCUCCUCCCUGACCUCCCUCUCCUCCUUGGCCUCUGAUCACGCCCCCGAAGGGACAGCCCCGCCCACCCCCGCCUCCCUACCAGCCUCCUCUCCUGCUGCCCCACGUUAUGUGGACCACUUGGUCAUCCCUCCGCACCCGAAGGUCCCCGCCCCCUUCUCCCCACCCCCCACCGAGCCAAAGAACAAGGAAGGGACAGCAGCUGCCUCACCCCCCAGCAGCCAAGCCCCCCAGCAGCCCAGCCCUCUCCACAAGGAGAGCUCACCCCCACCCUCCCCUCCGCCGGCCUACCACCCCCCUCCGCCCCCUGUGAAGAGAGCUGAGAUGAGUGCUGAGGUUCCUGGAGCUGUGCUGGUCCCCUCCGAGGUGGAGGCAGGGGCUUCCUCAGACCCCUUGUGGCUUCCUCCGCCCCCGCCCCUGCUGGAUGAGCAGGAUCUGUCCAUGGCUGAUUUCCCUCCUCCAGACGAGGCCUGCUUCCUGCCGCCACCCCCAGUCUUGCAGGUGGAGCUUUUGGAUGCAGGGGGUGCAGAGGCCCCUCCCCAGUCCCAAACAGCCACCCCUGCAGGGCAGGAAGACGGAAAGCCUCCCUCCUUCCCCACAGCAGUCUCCGCAAAUUUCCUGCAGCCAGGAAUUCUGCCUCUGCCGACCCCAAGCAUGGAGCCCUUCCCACUUCCCAAAGAUUCUCCAAGCGGAGAACUGUCUGGUCCUCAGCUGAGCUCCAGGCACCCCACUGGCUCAGGGGUCGCAGUGCCCUCCAGUCUGUCCCCCCCGAUGAAGAAGCCACCCACCGGUUCCCACCCUGACCUCAAGAAGGAGUCCGCCAUGCGCGGCAAGGCCACCUCGGUGCCCAAGGAGGACGCCAGCCUGCCCAUUGUUACACCAUCCCUGCUGCAGAUGGUCCGCCUGCGCUCAGUCGACAUGGAUGCCCACAGCCCCGGGGUCAGUCCAGCCGGGGGCUCCGUGACUCCCACAGAGUCCAGCAGAACAAACGUGGCUACAGAUGGGAAGACCGGCCCCUCAGCCCCCCAGAAGCCCCUCCGCAAGUCCCUGUCCCUGAGGGGGGGGCAGCCAGCUUCAAAAGAGGGGAUCAACCCCCUGCACGAGGCUGUGCGCCUCAAGGCCUCCACCUUAACUUCCAGGGAACCCAGGAGUCUCGGAAUGGCCGAGAGGAAGACUGGGAGCCGGGCGGCGCUGCCAGGCAUCCCUGCUGCCCCAGCUAGCAACGGCCCAGUGUCCCCACUCCACAAAUCUCCCGCCUCCACCGCUAGCUUCAUCUUUGCCAAGAGCCCCAAAAAGCUGGUCAUCGAGACGGCAUCCUCGUCAGAGGCCCAGGACAGCCUGCAGAAAAACUUGGUGGCUGAAUUGAUGACCGUGUCCAGCCAGCGAUCCACAGCGGCCGUGGGGCUGCAUCCGCAGGACUUGGCCAAGGCCCCCAAGGCCCAGAGGAUCCCCCCUCCCAUUGCCAAGAAGCCUUCUCUUCGGCCAAGGUGCAGGCCCUCCCCCCAAAGCCCAAAGUCCUCCGGAGCCGAGGAGCCGGCAGUCGAGGAGUGGACUAAGAAGGUGGGGUCUGAAAACCGGACCCCUCCCCUGGAGUCUGGCCAUGGCAGCCUCCCACCUGGGCCAGAAGACAAGUUGCGGAGGAGCCCCAGAGCAGAAGAAGCAAAAGAGGAGGUGGUCUGAAGGAGGACCCUGCGAGGUGCAUUUGCCCAUAAGAUACAGGGAUUUAAAAAGAAAAAUAUUCUCAGGGACCUCUUGGGGCCAGAAGAGAAGCUUUGAUGGCGCCGAAGAAAACAACACCUUCGUCUCCCUUGGCCUUGAUAUUUAUGCAACAGUGGGAUUGGCUUGGAUGUCCUCAGCAAUGUGGCUCUUUUAAACCUGGGGACAAAGGGGCACAUCCCUUUCCACCCUCCUGUCUCUCCUGGGACUCAAACCUUGCUUUGGUCCUGCUUGGUUUGGUGAUGUUGAAUUCCUCCCUCUCCCCAGUUUGGUGUGAGAAAACAGCUUAAGGUAGCAUAAGAUGAGGACACCUCGGUAUCUGCAGGGAAGACGAUCAAAACUGGAUCAGCUUGUUGCAGUCCCCCCUCCCCCCCCGAAGAUGCCUUUUUAAUGGGUUGCAUUGUCGUUGCUGUUGAGUGUGCAUUUGGGGAGUGGAGGAGAGAGAAUGUGGCCUGCGCUUGCACCCCCGUGUGGCAUGGAAGCACUUGCUCAGAUCACAGAGGGAUCUGAGGAGGACAGCCAUGGUGGGAAAUUCCUGCUGAGUCUUCCUGGAUGGUGCCGGGUCCCAGGAGAGGCCCUGCUGGUACUUUUGCUCUGGGCUCCUGUGGGCAGAUUCUGGCUGCUGUAAGCGGCUGAUUCCGGGUAGGGGGUGCCUAUAGGGAACCCCUCUUGCCUACACACUAAAG